AGAGCUCCGAGCUCUUUGGCUCUGGGGAAGAGGGGAACUCCCCGGGGGGUGGGUGAAACCAGUCACGAUCAAGCCCUUUGGAGCACGGCUCCUGCUUAAGAUGGCAGCGGACGUCGGAGACCUAAUCGGGGCUUCUGAGUUCUUGAAAGAUCGUUUAUAUUUUGCUACUUUAAGGAAUAGACCAAAAAGCACAAUAAAUACCCAUUAUUUCUCCACCGAUGAGGAGCUGGUCUAUGAAAAUUUCUAUGCAGAUUUUGGACCUCUGAACUUGGCAAUGGUGUACAGAUAUUGCUGUAAACUUAACAAGAAACUAAAGUCAUACAGUUUAUCAAGAAAGAAAAUAGUGCAUUACACCAGCUUUGAUCAACGAAAGCGAGCAAAUGCAGCAUUUUUAAUAGGUUCCUAUGCGGUAAUCUAUUUAAAGAAGACACCAGAAGAAGCCUACAGAGCACUCAUAGCUGGCUCAAAUCCCCCCUAUCUUCCAUUCAGGGAUGCUUCCUUCGGAAAUUGUACAUACAAUCUCACAAUCCUGGACUGUUUGCAGGGAAUCAGGAAGGGAUUGCAGCAUGGGUUUUUUGACUUUGAGUCCUUUGAUGUGGAAGAAUAUGAACAUUAUGAGCGGGUUGAAAAUGGUGACUUCAAUUGGAUUGUUCCAGGAAAAUUUUUAGCGUUUAGUGGACCACAUCCCAAAAGCAAAAUUGAAAAUGGUUAUCCCCUUCAUGCCCCUGAAGCCUACUUCCCUUAUUUUAAAAAGAAUAAUGUGACUACAAUUAUUAGGCUGAAUAAAAAGAUCUACGAGGCAAAACGAUUCACAGAUGCUGGUUUUGAGCACUAUGACCUCUUCUUCAUAGAUGGCAGCACACCGAGUGAUAACAUCGUUCGACGAUUCCUAAAUAUAUGCGAAAAUACUGAAGGAGCAGUUGCUGUACAUUGCAAAGCUGGUCUUGGAAGAACAGGAACAUUGAUAGCCUGUUAUGUAAUGAAGCACUACAGGUUCACACAUGCUGAAAUCAUCGCGUGGAUAAGAAUCUGCCGGCCAGGUUCUAUUAUAGGACCCCAACAACACUUCCUGGAAGAAAAGCAAGCAUCAUUGUGGGUUCAAGGAGACAUUUAUCGUUCCAGACUGAAAAACAGACCAUCCAGUGAAGGAAGUAUAAACAAGAUUCUGUCCAGUUUAGAUGAAUUGUCAAUCGGUGGAAGCUAUUCCAAAUUACAAACAUUGGACAGAUACGGAGAGGAGAGCAUCGAUGAUGAUGUGGAUUUGGAAAUUAAAAACUCCAUGACACAGGGAGACAAACUUCGUGCCUUAAAAAAUCAGAGACAGCCACGCUCUUCAACAGCUAAUGUAUUUAGAGUGUGCUCUUCCACACAAGGCUGCAGUUCUCCUUUGAAGCCCUCCAAGGUGAUAUUGUCACCUUCAGCCUCUGCCAAGAGAAUAAACAGAAGUUCAUGCUCCUCAGGCUCCAGCGCAAGGAGCUUUUCCAUAAAUACUCGCCUAGCCAGUUCUCUAGGGAACCUGCAUGCUGCAACAGAUGAUUCAGAGUGCAAAAAGACCACACCGCCCACUAGGACAGGUUACACAGUCAACCAUUUCUCCAACCACUUGAAUGGCAGCUCUCAGGCACCUGCCAGAAAUUACCCUGAACUCAACAACAACCAGUACAGCCGGAGCACCAGCGCUGGCACCACCCUGAACAACCACACCAGCCUGCACAGCGCCAAGGCCGAUGAGUAUGUCUUCCGACCUUACACCGGCCUCUCUGCUUCUUCAUCAAGGUUCCUGAGCCGUUCCAUCCCUUCCCUUCAGUCUGAAUAUGUUCAGUACUAAAGCCUUGCUGCUUCGAUGAAAGCUGCUCAGCCCUUAGAAACUCAUUGCUUCAUGAGGAAGAACAAUGUUGAGGGAAAGAAACUGCUCACUGGGAGGAGAUCUCUGCAUUCUUAACCUUAAAAUUCAAGAAAGCACUCAGAUCAGACCUCAAGGAGAGACUUGAAACCAGAAAGCUCUGGUUAAUGAAUACUGUAAAUGCACUGAAGUUAUGUUUAUGGAGAUGUUAAUGAUUCUGUCGGUGUGUUUUUAAAAAGGAAUUUUUCAUGUUGAGCCUGGUGAUUUGAAGGAUUAUUUUUAAUGUAUUUCGAUAAUACACUUGUUAUUACAUUUCUGUACAGUGUUAUAUUAUGUAUGUAUUGUCAAGCUAAAGACUAUUUUGGUAAAUUUAUAAAUAUGUAAUUGUGCAAAGAUUAGAAUAUAUUUUGAUUUAGAUUUUCUUGCUAUUUGCUACCAAAAAUAUGUAUUUUGAACUUUCUAGGAUGAUUUUAUCUAUGAUGAAUAAAUAUUUUCUCAUAAUAAAAAAAAGGAUGUAGAAGAAAAGAACAGAAGGAAAAGAAUGAUUUUAUGGACCCACUCUAAAUACUAUACGACCAGUUCAGUUCUUUUGGUAAUCAGUCUUAUUUACACAGUUUAGUUACAAGACUGUCACUAGCAAAUGAGUGUAGUUGGUUGGUAGGGCGCCAGUUUUUCUUUUUCUCUCUGCUCCUUUGGAUGAUCUCCUGUUCAUUUUCUCUGCAUCUUGAUGUUCCUUGUUUUUUAAGCUUUACAUCUGGCUGCAGAUGAAAGUUAACUAAACAUUCCUCCUUGGAAUAUAAACCUUUCUGUACCAGACAACAUUGAAACAUUCUCAGAAUUUUACAUUUAAAUUUGUUUUCAAAAGAAAGUUUUCUAGAUUAGACUUCACUUCCACUGUGUGAGUUUGUUGCUGCCUGUAGUCAGUCAUACAUGUUCUCUCAGUAGCUUUAAAUCAUGAAAGGAAAAAAAAUUCACAAGAUGCUGGUAUUCAUCGCUUCAGUAAAGAAAAACAGUUUUAAGAGCGUAAGAGCUUGAUGCAGAUUUGGACUUGUUAGCAACAUAAUUUUUUUAGUGACCAUUAGUAUACAUUAUUACAGUUUUCUUUUUUAAGACUAAUCAUGCAUUUAUUUAUCAGUAUCCCUAGACAGUAUUAGUUUGGAAAAAACAACCAUGGUCCCUAAAUGCUCUUCCUGCUGUACUUAAGCUCACAUGAGAAAUGUUAGUGAGAAAGGUUCAUAGUACUUAACUCCAAUCCUCAGGAUUAAUCCUGCUAUAUGUAGUAGGAUGUCCUGUAUGAGUAAUACUUUACCAACAAAAUACCCAGAUCUUGUUUUACUAGAAAGUCAUAGAAAUAAAUAUUUGGCUCUGAUUAGCUUAGUUUAACCCAUAUAGACUGAAUAAAAAUGAAUAGACUGUAGGACCAAAUAAUUGUUUUAAACUGGUUCAGAAGGGAAUCAUAAAUUUGCAGAAGUAAAAGAAAAAAGUUGUGAAUAACUUUUUUUUAAAUAGAAAAAGAAGUGUCUUGGAUUUUUUAUGUGUUAUUGUCAAAAUGAUCAGUGAAUGAGUACAAGAAGAUGAUAAUAUAUUAUGACUAUUGCAAUAUCAAUUUUAUGUGAAUUAUUGAAGGAAAUCCAUUCAUAUCACAUUUGCUGGGGGUGGGGAAGAAAAAUCAUGUUGACAACUUUGGUCUGUGAACAGUGAUUUGUGUGCAGCUAUAUUAAAAUGACUGUAAAACCUGA